GCCCUCCUGGCGCGCGCGCUGCAGCGCCUGGUGGGGGACCAGCUCGUCACCAUCCACCGCCGCAGCGGCGGCGGCGCCGAGUUUGUGGCCCUGGACGGGCAGGCCGGCUACGAGAUGGGGCUAUUUGACGCGGAGACCGCAGACCACAGGCGGCGCUUCAUGGGCGCCGCGGACGGCAGGGGCGCGCGGUUCGGGGCGCGGCGGCGUGCGCAGUGGGCGUGA